GGGACUGAAAAUCCAAUAUGGCGGACGAUUUGAUAUAAGAAAUCAAGUCAGCAGGACUAUGAUAUCAAAAUAUAGAUUUGAUGGCUCGUUACAGUCCAUAUUUCCAACAAAGUCCCCAAAAAGCCAGCAGGAAAAAAGGGUCAGGGAAAAAGAGGAGGUUUGGGGACAUGUCCGAAGAUGAAGUGACAAAAUUCUUGCUACCCGAUCACUUUGGAGACCAGAUGGACAUAAUGUUUGUUGGUAUCAAUCCAGGUCUCAUGUCUGCAUAUAAAGGUCAUCACUAUUCUGGCCCGAACAACCAUUUCUGGCCUUGUCUAGCUGAUGCAGGUCUGGUGCCAGAUGGUUUCACGUUUGUUGAUGACGUCAGAUGUCCUGAUUAUGGAAUUGGACUAACGAAUAUUGUUGGCAGGACAACAAAAAGCAGUAGCGAACUUUCUCGCCAGGAAAUAAAAGAAGGAAAGGACAAGUUGAUCGAAAAGAUAAAAAUACACCGACCUUUGGUGACUUGUUUUAACGGUAAAGGUAUUUAUGAAAUUUUUACCGGUCGAAAAUGUGAACUUGGUCUGCAAAAAGAGCGAGUGCCUGGAACGAGCUCCGCAAUCUAUGUGAUGCCCUCGUCGUCCGCACGAACGAUGAUCUAUCCUAGAAAAUCAGAUAAAUUACAGUUUUACUUGGAGCUGAAGAAAUUAAAGGAUGAACUCAAGGCCGAAGGCAAUUGCAUAGACUAAAUAAAGGUAGAUGAUUGGUUGUACCUACCUAUUGAAGUAUUCAGUUGGAAAGAUUUUAGUCCUGGAAUCUUUCUUACAUUAAUUGACUUUCAUAAAGUUUCGUGUAAAGUUAGUUUUAACAUAAAACUUCAAGUUCCUGUAUGACGAAAUUGCUAUUUACUAAUGCAAAGAUGAAAUUCAUCAUAUACAUAACA